AUGUCUCGGCUGCUGCACGAAGACACGAAAGGCAAGAAACAAGGUGAGAGUAUUGAUGGUGUUGCACCUGGUCAAGAGCAAGCGUUUGCGAUGACGGACAGCGGACGACGCAAAGACCGUACUGCUUCAGCGAAAGCAUCAAGUACUUGUCAUUACUGUGGUGAGCUUGGACAUUGGAUUGCAAAGUGUCCAGCUCGCAUUCGUGAAAACACAGAGCGUCAAAGAUCGCAGCGUGCAAAUGUUGCCCAGAGCGAGGAUUACUCGGCUGAUUACCUGUUUUCGGUUGGUGGAACUAAGUGCGUCACCAAAUCAAGCUGUGUAUGGCCGGUCGACUCGUCUAAGUCGGCUAUGGAAUCAAUUGAAGCAGUUGAGUGGCGUGAGACAUGCAACUCAGAAAUAGAGUCACUCCGAAGGAACAAGACCUGGUAG